AUGGCUACUCCUCAAGCUCUCACUUUUCUCGGCCUCGGGAAUAUGGGGUCCGCCCUCGUACAAGCUCUUCUGAAGGCUUCUAACGAAGUGACAAUCUGGAACCGCACUGCAGAUCGACCUCAGGUCAGAGCCGCUGUUGAGGCCGGAGCUGUCCUUGAGGUGGAUGUCCAGAGUGCCAUCUCCAGGAACAACAUCAUCGUCAUCUGUCUCCUCGACUACUCCAGCAUCAAGACUGCACUGGCUGAGAUUCCGACCUCUGCUCUUGAGGGAAAGACCAUUGUCAACCUGACCAAUGGUACGCCGAAACAAGCACGGGAGAUGGCAGUCUGGGCCGCCUCCCACUCUGCCAAGCACUACUUUGACGGGGCGGUCAUGGUAACGCCUCAAAUGAUCGGAGGACUCCAGUCAUUCUUUGUCGUCAGUGGACAAACCCUUGAGGCAUUCGAGCCCAUUGCCUCACUCCUUGAACCCCUCGGAAGGCCGGAAUAUCUCGGCACAGCCAUAGAUGCUGCUGCUCGAUAUGACCUUGCUGCUCUGUCAUCAAUGUUUGGCAUGUUCAGCGGAAUGUUUGUCGCUAUGGCACUCCUCAAAAAAGGCCACACCACAGCCGACAAGAAGCUCGAACCUGUUGUGUCAGGCAGCCUGAACCCGUUCUUGGCCGCAUUGAUACCGUAUACUGGACUUAUUGCUCGGUCGUGGGAUGACAAGGCGUGGGACGAUAACCUGGGAAACCCGAUCGGAAUGCAAGCACAGGCGUUGAGGAAUAUUCUGGAGGCUUGCCGUGAUGAUGGGAUGGACGAUGGGUUUUUGAAGAACUUGACGACGGCUAUGGAGGGGGUGGUGAAGGAUAGAGGAGAGAAUGGUGGGAUCGCCGUGAUUGGAGAGUAUCUCUUAAACGGACGGUUGACUAAAGAGUGA